AUGAAGUUCCACGGCUCGUACUCGAGCAUGCUCGCGCCGUUCUUACUGCUGGCCUCUGCGCCACUGGGCGUCCUUGCCGGCGAUGUCCUCAAGACCAACGGCUACAGCUCCUGCUUGACCGGCAACUCGGACAUCAAAGUGAACAAGCUCGACAUUGAAUUUGAUCGAUCAACGAAGAAGGUCAAGUUCGAUGUGUCGGGUACCAACGCGAAGGAGCAGAAGGUUAUGGCGACGCUCCAGGUGAACGCCUACGGGAGGUCAGUGUACAGUAAAACAUUCAACCCUUGCGACACAGAUACAAAGGUGGACCAGCUAUGUCCAGUGCCCGCUGGUACUUUUGGCGCAACAGGAGAACAAAGCAUACCGGAGAGCUACAUCUCCCAGAUCCCAACCAUCGCAUUCAACAUCCCUGAUAUCGACAGCCAGGCAAAGCUGGAACUCAAGUCCAUAGACUCCAACGAGGAACUCGCAUGUAUCACGUCGCAAGUCAGCAACGGCAAGUCGCUCUCCACGACAGGAGUGCAGUACGUUGCAGCUGGUAUCGCUGGUGCUGCUUUGGCUGUCGGUGGUCUGUCCGCACUGGCUAGCGCUGGCCAAGCUGGUGUUGCUCAUUCUAGCCCAACAUUUGGCGACGUCGUAUUCUGGUUCCAGGGCAUGGCCAUGAACGGUAUGAUGAGCGCUGACAUCCCCGGUGUCUACCGCAGCUGGUCCAAGAACUUCGCAUUCAGCACAGGCCUGAUCUACUGGGAGGGCAUGCAGUCGUCCAUCGAUGGUUUCCGCGAGAAGACCGGAGGCAACCUCACCACCGACAGCGUCAAGUUCUUGUCCAACGCCACACUUGUGCACGUGGACCAGAACAUGACCGUCAGCAAGCGCAGCUUUGACGGUAUCAGCGACGUUCUCCUGUGGGCUCGUGACGAUCUGUCGACCAACAUCAACGGUACUGAAGAGGCCACCGGUGACAGCAAGGUCGUCCAUGCGGUCAAGGGCAUCCAAGGCUACGUCGAGGAGUAUAAGAUCCCCAACGGCAACACCUUCAUGACCGUUCUGCUCUGGUUUGCGAUUGUCGUCGCCGCCAUCACUGUCGGUAUCCUCCUCCUGAAGGUCAUCCUCGAGACAUGGGCUUUGUUUGGCACCUUCCCCAAGCGUCUGACCAGCUUCCGCAAGCGUUACUGGUGGAUCCUGGCCAAGACCAUCACCAACUUGAUCCUGCUUCUUUACGGCAUCUGGACCUUGUAUUGUGUUUACCAGUUCAAGAACGGAGACUCGUGGGCUGCGAAGACGCUUGCUGGUGUCACCCUAGCCGCUUUCACGGCUGUCUUGGCUUUUUUUACCUGGAAGAUUUGGAGCAUUGCACACGAGUUCAAGAAGAUGGAGGGCGACAACUCCCGCCUGUACGACGACAAGGAAGUAUGGCGCAAGUACUCCAUCUUCUACGAAAACUACAAGAGGAGCUACUGGUGGAUCUUUGUACCAGCCAUCGUCUACGCUUUCGCUCGUGGUUGCGUCAUUGCGGGUGCAGAUGGUCACGGCCUCGCCCAGGCUGCCGGUCAGCUCAUUGUGGAAGCCCUUCUCCUUUGCGUCCUCCUGUGGGCGCGCCCCUACUCGCUGAAGUCUGGCAACUGGAUCAACUGCACCAUUCACGUUGUCCGCGUGCUGUCUGUCGUUUGCAUUCUGGUCUUUGUAGAGGAGCUCGGCAUGACGCAGACAACAAAGACUGUCACUGGUAUGGUGCUUGUCGUUGUGCAGGCUCUCCUGACUGGUGUUCUGGCCAUUUUGAUCGCCGUCAACGCCAUCAUCGUCUGCUGCAAAGAGAACCCGCACCGUAGGAAGAGAAAGGAGGCCGAGAAGGCUCGCGAUCUCGACAACCUCACUCCUCUCGAUGCUCGCAACUCGCUGCUCAUGGAUCCCCAAGAGUACAAGCGCAGCUCACUUCCGUCGCCAUUUGGACCUCGCGCCGCUGGGUACGACGUGGUACCGCUCGCAGAACAGAACACGGCCUACAACAACGGCCGACGAUUCGAAGAAGACCGCGGUCAUCUCCUUGCCGAUGCUUCGACAUUCGGCAGGACACCGAGCCAUAACACAAGCCUCAGUGACGACCGCGACCGCUCCAACAGCCCGCAGCCCCGACUGCCGGACCUGGAGUUCGGUCAGCAGACUGGCUACACACAGCCAAACAACGCGCCGUGGCAACCGCAACGGGGGAACCAGGGCGGCUACGCAUACUAG